GCGGGUCUUGCAGCGAAGAGGAGGAAGCGUCACUUCCUGUCCUGCGCAGAAGCGACGGGACACCAACAUGGCGUCGGCGGCGGAGAAGUCAACGAAAGAGCGGCUGCUGACGGUGGUGGAGGACUUAGAGGUUCUGUCCCGGGAGCUGAUCGAGAUGUUGGCUCUGUCCAGGAGCCAGAAGCUGCCUCAGCCCGGAGAAGACGUCCAGAUCCUGCAGCUGCUGGUGCAGAGGGACCGGGAGUUCCAGGAGCUGAUGGAGGUGGCUCAGCAGCAGGGGACGGUGCACCAGGAGAUGCAGCUGCUGGAGAAGGAGGUGGAGAAGAGAGACAGCGACAUCCAGCAGCUCCAGAAGCAGCUGAAGGAGGCCGAGCACAUCCUGGCCACUGCUGUUUACCAGGCAAAAGAGAAACUCAAAUCUAUUGACAAAGCCAGGAAAGGAAGUAUCUCAUCAGAAGAAAUCAUCAAGUAUGCUCACAGAAUCAGCGCCAGUAACGCCGUGUGUGCUCCUCUCAACUGGGUACCAGGUGAUCCACGCCGACCGUACCCUACUGACCUGGAAAUGCGCAGCGGGAUGCUGGGUCACAUGGCCAACAUGCCGACCAAUGGCGUGAACGGACAUCUGCCUGGUGAUGCUCUGGCUGCUGGAAGGUUACCAGACGUCCUGACGCCUCACUACCCCUGGCAGUCCUCGGACGUCUCCGUGGGAAUGCUGCCUCCUCACCACGGCAACGACUUCGGCCUUGAGCCCCCUGGUCAUAACAAGGAGAACGAGGACGAUGUGGAGGCCAUGUCGACAGAUUCCUCCAGCAGCAGCAGUGAUUCUGACUGACUGUGUGUGUGUGUGUGUGUGUGUGUGUGUGUGUGUGUGUGUGUGUGUGUGUGUGUGUGUGUGUGUGUGUGUGUGUGUGUGUGUGUGUGUGUGUGUGUGUGUGUGUGUGUGUGUGUGUGUGUGUGUGUGUGUGUGUGUGGUCACCACUGAGCAACAUCUGGUCAAACCUCUCUUCACCUCUGAGACUCCAACAUGUUAAAGCACAUGAGACCAAAUGAUUUGAUGUGACUGAGCAGCUGUAGCUUUAUAUUUACUGCAGAGUUAAGAGCCUGAUCAGUCUGAACUGAGUGAAAGUGUCAAACUGCUCCUGUAAAGAGCUUCAGAGACGUCGGCUUCCUACAAACCAGAGCAGCUUAAUGUCUUUUGUUAUUUUUCUGUUUCAUUUGUUUCUAUUGUUUAGACAGUUUGGUUUAAAGUGAAUGGAAACAAAGUGAGUCCUUCUCUUAUCGUCUACAUGGACAGAAUCCGUCUGAGUGACGUCAGGUCAGAGGUCUGUUCACUGCAGCCUGUAUGUUCUUAGUAUGAUGCAGAUACAUGGUGUUAUUUUACCUUUGUGUAAAUAAUCGUGUACAUACUCCUCCCUGUAAAUAAAUCCUACUUUUUAAAA